UUGCGCCAAUCAGUUUGACAAGUUUUUUGAGGUACGCGUGUUUUUCGUAAUUUUCAAAAUUUACAAAAAUUACGAAACCAACAAACUUGAACCGUUCGGAAAUUGUCGAGUGUAUGUAUACGUUCUAUUUUUAGGCCGGUGAUGAUGUAUAGACUGGUUGUAUACUAAUUUGCCACUUGAUCAAGGUUGGAGGGGUGGAGGAUUAAGUAAAUCUCCCUUAAUUGCGAGUGUUUUUUUUACUGAGCUUUCGAAAUGUCGUUUACUUUGGAAAGACGAGAACAAGCUACGCACGAAGAGGCGAUUUGGGCAGCAGACUGGUAUGUACCGGAAGGAGGCGAUCCAACUACUUCUGGAAAAAUUGUGACCGGGGCGUUGGACGAUACUGUGAAGGUGUGGAAUUACAAUGGGGCAGAAUUAACAGUGGAGCGAACACUUUUGGGUCAUUCUUUGGGGGUGUUGUCUGUGAGGGUGGAUCCUAGUGGAAAGUUAUUUGCGUCGUCGUCCCUGGAUUCUAAUAUCAGCGUGUGGGAUUUGGAGACUGGUGACAAAAAGAAGAGCAUUGAUUCGGGGCCUUUGGAAAGUUGGACGGUUGAGUUUACAAGGGAUUCUAAAUACAUUCUGACCGGCUCGGCUGAUGGUAAAGUGGAAAUGUUUGAUGUGGAGACUGGAAAGAAAGAAAAGUCUUUGGAGACCAAGGGGAAAAUGGCGUUGAGUUUGGCGACGAGUCCAGACGGAAAGUGGAUUGCGUGUGGUGGCUCUAAUGGAUUGGUGGCCUUAUUAGAUGGCGAAACUGGAAAUUACUUUAAGACAUUGGAGGGUCAUGCCAUGCCUGUUCGUGCCCUUGCAUUUUCUCCCGAUUCCAAGCUCUUGUUUACAGCCUCUGAUGAUAAACAUGUGAAGAUAUAUGCUUUGACCGAAUUUCAAGUCGUCGGAACAAUGUCAGGCCACAGUUCUUGGGUACUAGGAGUUUCAGUUUCGCAGGAUGGAACUAAUUUUGCUACCUGCUCAUCGGAUAAAAGCGUCCGGAUCUGGGACCUCAACACUAAAUCUUGUUCUCACGUCUUUAACGAUGCACAUACUGAUCAAGUGUGGUCUGUGGUGUGGGGAUCGAAUACGAAAUUAGCUUCAGUUGGAGAAGACAAAUGCAUCAACAUUUACAACAUGGUUAAAUAAGAACAAUUAGGAUAGUUAUGUAUUAUGUAUCCUUCUUUUGUUUUUUUAUUUUUGUUUCAAAUAUUCAAUCUUUCAAUUAAAAUUUGUCUUGUUAUCCCAAAAAUGGCACGAGGGCUCUUUAGAGUUUUAUUUUUACCAUAACACAACAUAAAUACUUAUUAGCUAUACUCUCCAUCUAAAUAUUAUUUGUUAUCAAGAAUCCGAAUAGUAUGUUCACUGGAUAAAACAGUUCCUUUUUUCAUCAGUACUCUACAUUCAUUUCUUUAGAGUGCACUUAUGUGUGACACAGUAUGUAUAUUGACACGUCGUCGUCGUCGUCGAUAAUUAAACUUUCAUACUGUUUUAUACAUAUAUUUAGAUAUCUAAUAUGGUUUUUUGAACUGAACCGAAUAGCAAUACUCACUUCUUUUCCUACAUUAUCGGAUCAUCGUAUAUGUAUUAACAGAAUGGAACUGUAAUGACGACAAAUAAAAUUAAUAAUAAAA